AUGGAUACACUGUUAACCGCAGAGAUCGUUGCCAAUUCUCCGCGAUUCCGCCGCAAAUCGUCUACUUUCGUCGAUGCCAUUCACGAUCUACCUGAAAAGGCGGACCUCGCACCAGCUCAGCUAUACAGCACGGAAUCUGGCCGUCUUUUCCAUUCAGGUCGAAUUGUCAUCAUCACCGUUGGCCUACCAGCGAGAGGGAAAACGCAUAUAUCUGUGGCUUUAGCACGAUAUCUUCGAUGGCUCGGUGUCAAGACCAGAAUCUUUCACCUAGGAGACUACAGACGCGCUACUAUUCCUUUUGGUGAAGACAUGCCAGACGAUUACUUCUAUGUCAACGCAUCGGCAUCAUCGGUACUCCUGAGGCAAAAGAUAGUGAGAAAAUGCCGCGAGGAUAUCUAUCACUUCCUGAACCAUGAGAAUGGUCAAAUCGCGAUAUACGACGCUGUUAACCCCUUGGCUGCUGGUAGAAGGUCUUUGGCUAAGGAGUUCGCGAAGCACGAUAUUGAGACCUUGUUCAUAGAAUCAUGGUGUGAUGAUGAACGGAUCAUCGAGGAGAACGUCCGUAGGGUUAAGAUUUCUUCACCGGACUAUGUAGGCUGGUCCUCGGAGGAUGCAGUGAAGCACUAUUUGACUCGGAUAUCUUCUCGUAUCCCACAAUUCCAGACAAUGGAGGAGAAGGACUUGAAUUACAUCAAGAUGAUGAAUGCCGGUGAAAGAUUGAUCGUCAAUAACUGUAGCUUCGGAUACCUCUCGCACCGAAUUGUUUUCUACCUUACCAAUCUUCAUAUCAAAUCCAGACAUACGUACUUCGCACGGGCAGGUGUCUCGCACGAAGCAAAUUACAAGUCGGACUCGUCCUUGUCGGAACAAGGUGAAGAGUAUGCAACGAAGAUGACUGAAUUUUUGCUACGGCAUCGGGAGACCGAAAAGCAGGAGAUGCUUGACCGGGGAGAGCAAAGCUAUGAAUUGAAACCAUUGACCGUAUGGACAUCUACAAGACGCCGAACAAUCGAGACCGCCAAAUAUUUGCAUGAGAGUGGUUACAAGGUGCGACAGAGGUCGCAAAUGAGUCAGCUCAACCCAGGCGUGUGCGAGAGUAUGAGCGAGGGGAAAAUACGCCUAGAAUAUCCAGAGGAGGUGGCUAAACACGACCUUGACCCCUACCAUCACCGGUAUCCUCGUGCAGAGUCAUAUCAUGACCUAGCUGUGCGUCUCGAGCCUAUCAUUUUGGAACUUGAGCGUGAACAAAAUGAUCUCCUCAUCAUUGCGCAUGAAAGUGUGUUGAGAGUACUGUACGGAUAUCUUAUGGCAUGCAACGCUGCAGACAUUCCAUUUUUGGAGUUCCCUCGAGAUGAAAUUAUUGAGAUAAUCCCCGAGAGUUACCAGAAUGAGGCGCGAAGGAUCCAUAUUCCCGGUCUUCCACAAGAGAUUAUCCCAGGAUCGCCGCAAGACCUCAAGAUCCCAGUCCCUCCUAGCGGUAUUACCACCCCCAUGGCCGGUGGUGGAUUGGGAAGCCCGCAAGAGGGGCUAGCCACGCCACAGAACGGGCUGCGGACACCACGCGAGCCGGAAAGAAUCACACAGCAACACGGCGUAGUCUCCAUGGUGUCCAUCACAACCGACUAUAUCAGCGCUGGGGGAAACCGGCACCCGGCCGCCGCCGACUGGGACGUUCAGUCGGGCGUGCUCGCCUUUGGUGCGGACCAGAAUGUGGCCUUGUGGGACCCAAGAGAAAAUUCUCAACGCGGGGUCCAUUCUCUCCUCGUCGGACAUACCGACAAGGUCAGCGCAGUCAGAUUCUACACAUGUCCAUCGACAGGCACGAAACUCCUCGUUACCGGAUCGGUAGAUCGCACCGUUCGGAUAUGGCGAUCCAGCACAACGGACGGGUGCCAAUUUGUACUUGCACAGACUCUUGAGGGACAUACGGGCUCAGUAAAUGCGGUUGCGGUGGCCGAUGGCACGAAUACUAUCGCAUCGGGGGCAGCGGAUGGAAGCGUGCGAGUGUGGAGAAUUUCUGUCGACGAAGGCACAGGUGCGGAAUUGGUCCAGAGCAUAACUAUGAAGCCGCGAUUUUUCCCCAUGACCCUAUCAUUAAGCCGACUCCAGACCGACGGGAAGCAGGGGCCUGUUGUGUUGGCGGUUGCAGGAACCACGAACAUUGUGCAGAUAUUCGUUUCUGAGAACACGGCAACGGAUCUUGAGUUUGAACUUUGCGCAACACUAUCGGGCCAUGAGGCGUGGGUGAGAUCGCUUUCUUUCACAAAUGACAAGCAGAGCAAGACGGGCGAUCUUCUGCUGGCGUCAGCUAGUCAGGACAAAUACAUUCGACUUUGGCGAGUACAUCGCGGAGAAGCCGCACCGGCUGCACCGACAGACGAGACAGACCCUAUGUUGGGAGGAAUGGAACCUACAUUGACGAACAAAGCCUAUGAAUUUGAGGCAUCGGGAUCUAAAUAUACGAUCACCUUUGAAGCGCUUCUUUUCGGAAAUGAGGACUGGAUCUACACCACAACAUGGAAUCCUAACCCGGAGCGACAGCAGCUUCUCGCUGCAUCAGCAGAUAAUACCCUGACUAUCUGGGAGCAAGACUCUGUCUCUGGUGUCUGGGUUUCGAUGGAGCGCAUGGGGGAGAUUAGCGUGCAGAAGGGUUCUACGACGGCCACUGGCAGUACAGGUGGGUUCUGGAUUGGUUUGUGGUCGCCAGAUGGUAAGCAGGUUGUAAGCUUGGGCCGAACAGGUAGCUGGAGGUCGUGGGGGUAUGAUGCAGACGUCGAUAUCUGGGUCCAAACGUUGGGAAUCUCCGGCCAUGUACGAUCAGUCAAUGGUAUACGGUGGGAACCGUCUGGUGGAUAUCUUCUCUCGACAAGUGCGGAUCAGACCACACGUCUCCAUGCGCAAUGGUUGCGCGAACAGCUAGAAUCAUGGCAUGAAUUUGCAAGGCCACAAAUUCAUGGUUAUGAUCUGAAUUGUGUGGACGUUCUGGGUUCUGCGAGAUUUGUCUCUGGUGCAGACGAAAAACUUCUACGAGUGUUCAACGAGCCCAAGCAGAUUGCUCAACUCCUUGAGAAACUUUCUGGAUUUCAGCAAUCAACCGAGGAAACGCUUCCAGACACUGCGCAAAUGCCAGUACUCGGACUUUCGAACCAGGCGACUAAUGAAGAGACCCCGUUGGAAGAAGAAGAUGAGAAUAGUGCACAGGCUGGACAAGUCCAGGCCAGCUUAGCUGAGUCAAACGAACCUCCUCUUGAAGACCAGCUAGCUCGCUACACUCUAUGGCCCGAGCACGAGAAAUUGUACGGCCAUGGCUACGAAAUAUCCGCGGUUUCUGCCAGCCAUGACCACACAUUGAUUGCCACUGCCUGCAAGGCCAGCUCUCUGGACCAUGCCGUGAUACGUUUGUAUGAUACAUCGGACUGGCAUGAGAUCCGACCUCCUCUUACUGCACAUUCGUUGACGAUAACGAGCCUCUGUUUCUCCGGCGAUGAUCGGUAUCUUGUCAGUGUUGGACGAGACCGCCAAUGGGCCGUUUUCCAACGAAACGAACAAGAGCUGCCUUCUUUCUCGCUUCUGCAAUCCAAUCCCAAGGGACACUCUAGGAUGAUACUAGACACGUCAUGGGCACCCAUGACAGAUAAACCCGUCUUUGCAACAGCAGGUCGUGAUAAAUCUGUGAAGAUCUGGAGAAUGGAAGAAGGAUCUUUCGUCUGUCAAUCGACUAUCUUCCUGCAAAGCUCCGUUACUGCCAUCUCUUUCCUCCCAGCUGUCCAGGAUGGCUCGCUUCUCCUCGCUAUGGGUGAGGACAGUGGUGAAUUAUCAGUGUACCAGGUUGAGGUUGAGAGCCUCGACGCCAAGCACCUGGUAACGAUAGAUAAGUCCGUGUCUCCUUCGAAGACAAUCACCCAGCUCUCCUGGCGGCCUACUUCUCGGACAGAUAUGUCCAAAUUCGAGCUUGCGGUUGCAAGUGAAGACACUUCAACGCGGAUAUAUGCCAUCUCGAAUGUGUUUGCAUGA